UCACAGCGCGCCACCCGGUGAGUCGAAUCUUAAACCACGUGGUGCUGAAAGUCAUUCGAACGCUGACAUGAGAAUAGCUAAGGCUUUCAGGUACAAAGGCUGAUAACAUCGUCCAUUGUGCUUUUGUCGAAAAUGAACAGUGUGGGAGAAGAGUGCACGGAACUAAAACGAGACUAUGACAUGUGCUUUAACCGUUGGUUCGCAGAAAAAUUCUUGAAAGGAGACCGGAGCGGCGACCCGUGUACCGAGGUUUUCAAGAAGUAUCAGCUGUGUGUGCAGAAAGCCAUUAAAGAUAAAGAUAUCCCUAUUGAUGGCGUGGAGUUCAUGGGACCCAAUAAGGAGAAGACAGACAGCUGAAUGGGAAGGCCGUCGUGACUAAGUUGCUUCUGCAUAGGUUAACGUGUCUUUUGGGUGGCAUUAAUUUAUCGUGAAAAGUGAGUGACAACCUACCCGAGACCAUCAUUUUGGAGGAUUCCACUAGCUUUGAUUGUCAUGGUUUUUCAAAUGUACAAGUGAUGGAUGUCCAACCGAGAGGGGAUAUAUUUUCUCAUCUUCCAGUACUUCGUGGACUUUGACGGUAAAUUGUUAGACUGCAGAUAAUCUCUGUGCCCGGAUGAGGAGUGAGCCGUGAACGCGACGCAGGGGUACACAGGAGAGCUUUGCAGCAUCAAACCACCAUCCACUAGACACCACUAGACUAAGCGACUCCUGCGAGAGUCGUCCUUUUACAUACUUUUCCAAGGUAAAUUGUGUGAUUAAAUUGCUUACAACUCAA